UAAUUGUUUUAGUUGAGAAACAGAAAGAAAAUGUAGUUUAUUUGUUAAAACAAACUUUGAAAAAGCCUAUUUAGGCGAAAUAUAUCAGUAAAGAGUGGAAUUUGUUCUGUGUAAAUAUAAUAUUAUUGUUUUCAUAAUAAUUGUAUUCAAACAUGUGUUAUGCUUAUUGCAAUGCUGCUUUAAAGCCAGCCUGGUUUCCGGAGAUGCCUCGGAUAAAAGUAAUGAAUCAGGCAAGUAAUAAGUUGUGCUUUGUAAUGAUUUUGACACUUUUUACAUGUCCGUUUAUAUAUCGAGAUACUCAUGACAUUGUCCACACUAUUUAUGUUUUUGCUUAUAUUUAAAAAACACCCAUAUGCUACGCAUAAUCAUAAAGCUAAUAUAUAUAUUGCGCCUUAGAACAAAAGAUUCCUUUUAACAUUCUUGCUUAGAUUUGUGUCUUAUUUUGCAUGUAUUAAAAAGAUCAAAAUUAAUUCUAAGCGCGCGUUAUAUUAUUAUUGUAUGGUACUUAAAACUGUAUUUUAAUUGCACUGGUCUUAAAAGAUGAUUAAAGUUGUGUUUUGCCAAUAGUUAAAUGAAGAAUGACAUCCCAGUAGUUCAGUUUUUUUUAAUAAUAGCAAAUUAUAAUACGCUUAAACAGUAACACAACUGAUCUAAUAGAAAUUAAAUUGCAAAUUAAAACAAUCAAACGUUCAAUUCUCCAGAAAGCCUUUACACUUGUUAUGUAUUUUAACGAUUUUUAUUUCCAUCUACGUGACAAUUGUUUUUGACAUUCCGCAAGUGUAGUGAUUCUUUAGUUUGUCAAUUAUUGUUAUUUCUCGCUGUUAGGCAAACAUAUUAAAUAGAUAAACUACAUUUGUUUAUAUUAAUUUUUGCGCGAAAUGUAUGUCAAUAUAAGAAAAAGUCACAUGCGAUUGUAGGUAUACGGAAGAACAUUAAACUUUUCAUGAUGCCUAGAAAUAUUAUUCAAUUCCAUGUUGACAUUUCCACGCAAUAUAAAUGCAUCGUUAUCCUGUGAAUUGGGUACAUUCAUACCCAAGAAAUAAACUUUCCAUCAGUUGUCAAGAUAUUGGCAUAGCUCAUUCUGAGUUGUUUGAUUUGUAAUAAAUGUAUGCAAGAAGAAAUAUUCACGUUUGCGCUUCCCAGAAACUGUUUAUUUCUUCGGAUACAACAACUUUAUUGUGCGUUUAAGGUCCGAACAUGCACUGUGUGCUAUGUAUCAUGUUUUACUGUUAUUAAAUGUAUUCUUUCAGUAUUAAACAUUAAUGUGUUUAAGACAAAAAAAUCUAUUGAAAGCUAUACCAACUAAGUCAACAACAGUUUUGCGCAUGUAUGCGACAAAUCAAGACAAAUAUUCCUUACCUUAAAUAGCAUUUAUUACUUCAUUUGAAAUUCGUGAGUUGUUCCGGCUCAUCGAUGCCAACAAUGACCGCUCCAUCUCCAGUCAGGAGCUCGGCAAGCCCAUGAGGUUCAUGGGUAUGACUCCCACGGAACAACAGGUCACCGAUGCCAUGAGAACACUGGAUGUUGAUCGGUAGUAUAUUACAUUUACAAAAGGUAUAUUACAUGUAAAUUAAUAUAUAAGAGAGGUAUUUGAAAAAACGUGUUUAUUUCUCGCACAUAAACGACUAAUCUUGAAAAGGUUUUCCGUGUUAUAGACAAUCAUUAAAUAUAAUGCAUGUUGAACACUAGUAUAAGCUGUGUUAAAGUGUUGUGUAAUGUUGUUUGAAUUGCAUAGUUUUGUAGAAAAAUAAAUAAUUGAUUAUUCGAUUUAUAUAAACUACCUUGGCUUUUCAAAAUAGGUGUUCUCUUGAAAUUGUAUUUUGGAAUUCUGAUUGAGCUUUUAAUGUCCGUGUAAUGAACACUUUGAGGCAGUGGAAGAAUAGAGUUCCGGUAGUUUCACGCCUUCAUGCAGAAAGAAAUGGAUAAAGUCAGUGAUAGUUCAUUCGCAAACGACGGCGAAACUGUCCGAUCAGCAUUUCGAACAUUUGACAGAGAUGGUAAUGGCUACAUUGAUCAGAAAGAAUUGAGAGUAGCGAUGAAAAAUCUUGGAGAGGCCCUAACGGACAAGGAACUAGACGAUAUGAUGAGACAGGCUGAUAUAGACGGAGACGGCAAAAUAAACUACGAAGAUUCUUCUUAUUAGGCAUAAACCUUCGGAUAAACAGAAAUACUGUUAUGGGGUUAUUAAUUCAAUUCAGCCAAUGACAUUCUAACGUUUUUUUUAAAUGUAUAUUUCAAACUGAUUGGCCGGCAUAAAUUCGCUCAUUUUCUACAAUUCGCUCGAUUGUAUCGGGUCAAAAUACAACCGUUGGGAUGCCAUUUUAUCGCGUUUUCAUUUUCAGAGUAUUGUUCUAUUAAAAUCUUCAUGUCAGAAAUUUGUGAAUAUUUCACAGACAGGUGUUCAUUAUAUUUUCCCUAUCAAAACUUCUUUUUUAUAAGUAUUUUGAAAUAAAUUAAUAGCCGGGCUUUUAUAGCAUAAGAGGACUACUGAACUUCAGCUGACCUUACGCAUCGGUAUUAAAGUCACAUAUGUAGGCUAUAGCUGCAUACUUUCUUUCUAUUCUUUUUAAAGAUUAAGUAAAUCAUUUUAUCCUACAGCUAAAUGAUUUUAUAGAACAAAUACGAAUCAUAAAGAAAAGAUAAGGUUUUCUCCGCGGUUAUUUAAAUCAGGUUUCUUCCACACUUAUUUUAAGAACAUUACGUAAUGACUAGUUUUUUUGGCCUUUCACUCCUGAUUGCGUCAUUCAGGUCAUCGGGUACGCAGUCGUUUAACGUGUUUACGAGUGUGUGUGUUUACGAUGGAUUAUUAUAAUAUUAUGAAUGUGAAAAACACAGUGUUUGGAUAUAAAACUGGAAUGAAACUGGUUAGACUGUAUUUUCGAUUUAGUUAAAAUGUCGAAUGUACUCGAAUAACGCGAUGUUUUGUUGAACAAUUGAUGGAUUAAAUUUAAGAAAAGUGUCAGUAAAUUGUUCUUUAACUUUUCGAAGGAAAUCAAUAUCGAAUUAAAAUGGUAAUUUCUUUGAUGGUUUAGUCGUUCCUUUGUCAGUCGAUCAAAGAAUGUCUAUCCACAAAGAAUUGCCUGCUUACAUACAGUGCUUUAAAAUGGAAAAGAUCGAUGGCGAUGAAGAAAUUUGUCUAGAAUUUAAACUCGUCAUGGAAGCAAAUUAAACAUUACGAAAAUAAACAUGGACGUGGUUAUUAUACAGCUUCGGUGAGUAGAACAAUACUUGUAUGUAAGUAAGUAUAAAGUGUGUAAAAAGAAGAGUUGUUUAAAGACUAAAAUUAACAAUAUCGACGGGAAUAAAUGCUGAAUCAUGCUUUACGUAGCCACGGUAUGUGUCUACACAUUUUGUUAAUUUCAAAAUGGCGGGAGCCAUGUUUGUUUUUUGGUUUUUACAGUGGUGAAACAAGAAUUGUAGUGUGAACACAACCGUGUGUGUUCUACUUGAGUGUGUUACAUUUGGAACGCUGAUUAAAUUUGAAUCGAGGCGUAUAGCGAUAUUUUGUCUCGUUACUUUUCUUUUGCGUGGAAUUCUUAAGGACUAUUUCGAUUUCAUAAACAGGAAAGAUCACAAUAAAUAUUACUACGCAAUGUAAGAUUCAGUUAAUUUAAUGUGUUUUUGCUUUUAUUUUAGGAAUAAAUUAAAUAAACCAAUAUUGUAUGAUAAAUAGAAUACUAUGUUAGUGUGAUUGUGUACUUAAAUUUAUCCCACUCGUGUCAGAAAGGCUUACAAGGCUCGGCAAGCCUCGCCAUGUAAAUCUUUCUUCACUCGUGGGAUACAUUUAAGUACACAUAGUAUUCUCUAUCAAAUAAGUGAUUAGUACUUUAAAAUUGCCCCCCCCCCCCACUGUCUCCAAAAUUACACAUUCUAUGUAUUAAUGUUAGAUUUCAUAAAAGUAAAUUAUUGAUCUGCUAAUGAUUCUUUUCAUUUCUCUUUUUCCAGAACUUGUGAAGAUUUGGUGUGAGGCAACGUAAAUGGUAAUUUUCAGUGUGCAAUAUAUAAUUCGAGACUGUUUGACAAACAUUUUCGUUUUAUUUCAUUGCAAAAUGUGCAUGCUAUAUUUUGAUAUUUACACACAUUACAGAAUGCUCAUUCAAAAAACUAUUUA